AUGCUGUCGUCACUAGGCCGCGUCCAGUUUUUUCUCCUUUGCUUGCAGGUGUCGCACUACGUGUCAUCGACUCAAUUGAAUUCGUUCGACAAUUUAUUUCACGGCAAAACAGGAAACUACGAAUCUAUGAUGGACUCCUCUCGCGUCAGCGUAAACGAAUCUGUGACGUUUUGGUUAUAUACGAAAGAGCGCUCCACGAACAGUCGGAGAUUGGUGCCCGACGACCCGAAAUCAUUGGAGUCAUCGGGCUUUGACGGAGGUAAACCGACCAAAAUCGUGAUUCACGGUUGGUUGGGCGACAGCGAAGACGAGCAGAGCGUCUGUUUGACUUUGAAGACGGAAUAUUUCACGUUGUACGAUUACAAUGUGGUGUGCGUGGACUGGAGCGUGCUCGCAGUGGAUUUUCCGUAUUUCACUGCUCGGAAGCGUUGCAAAGAAAUCGGAAACUAUGUAAGUGAAAUGAUAAUGACGAUGACGGAAAACACUCCUCAGACCAAUGAAGAUGUACACAUAAUCGGUUUUAGCAUGGGCGCCCACAUCGCCGGUUAUGCCGGUAAACGACUUGAUGGAAACGUGCACAGAAUCACUGGCUUGGAUCCGGCUAAGCCGAUGUUCUCCAGCAAACGGCCUGCCGAGAGACUCGACCGAACCGAUGCUCAAUUCGUGGAUGUAGUGCACACGACAAGUUUGGUGUUGGGGCAGCACAAGCCGAUAGGAGUUAUCGAUUUCUAUCCUAAUGGUGGCAAUACCAAACAACCGGGCUGCGGAUAUGAUUACGUGUACGGUGAGGUGUGUAGUCAUUUUAAAGCUUACGAGUUUUACGCUCGGUCCAUCCGGUCCAAAGACGAAUUCAAAUCGAUCAAAUGUGACAAAUGGAAAGAUUACGAGCAGUCCAAAUGCGAAGAUCCUGAGAAUUUCACGUACUUGGGCGAAUCCGCAAAUUCAAGUCUUUCGGGCAAUUAUUAUUUGUCGGUUGAUUGA